CAGAAAAUGGGAGGAUGCUGUGGAGAAGCUUCCGGUUGGGCGAAAGUCGGGUUUUUGCUGUUGAUGUGCGCCACGGGACUACAGUUCGCCGGAUACCUGACCAAUAAUUGGAUGACGUAUAACACAGUGAGGGACACGUACGACCUGAGGGUGGGGCUGUGGUGGUUCACGAACUGCUCGGGGGGAGCGGCCUGCCACACGGAGAAUACGCCCUCUCAAUACGAGUCGUUCGAGGUCACCUUGGUGCGGUGGUUUGAGGGCGCCGCCGGCGGUAUGUUCUUUCUCUGCCUCAUCCUGAGCGGCUUCUACGUGGCGACCGAUAGGUGUCGCACCAGAUGUGUGGCGAUCUGCUUGCUUCUGAUGACGCUGCUAGCGGCUGGGCUGUCCAUUGCCGGCAUUGUGCUGUGGGUCCUACAGGUGGAAUCGCCCUACUAUCCAGCCUGGUCCAUGGGUCUGUCCGCCCUGGCCUCCAGCCUCGUUCUGAUCGCCGCCAUGACCCUGAUCCCGGACAUAAAGGAAUACGACUACGAGUCCAAGUCCACGGUGUACCCCGACCAUACCGGCAAAUACACGCGUCUGGAGAAGUCCGAGAGUGUUCGAAACGUCAGCGGAGGACCUGGGCUACCCAGACGGCCCUCUGACAUCAUGCUGACGACAAUCGGUGACGACACUUCCGGCUACAAGAGAUCGAGGGACCUCGGCAGGGAGUAUGGACGACCUAAACGACAGGAAAGUGUUGGCAGCAGCCGUGAUUUCAAUCCCUACCCGUACGGACCCCCGUCUUCCAAGGAUGCUUUCAACAGAGAACAGGACAGAUUUGAUCUGGAAGUGAUCACCCCUUCAGCGCCACCUAGAUAUGAUUUCAUGCAGAGAAAAUUCUGAGAGAGAGAGAGAGAGAGAGAGAGAGAGAGAGAGAGAGAGAGAGAGAGAGAGAGAGAGAGAAAGAGAGAGAGAGAGAGAGAGAGAGAGACUGUCGUGAUUACAAACUGAAAGGGACUGAGGAAUUUGUGCAUUAAUUAAUAUGAUUAUUUGUCUACUGACCUAUAUAGCCAGAAUAGUUGAAUUUUACUUCUGUUCGUAGGAGUAUAAUGAAAACAAGUAUUUUACGCAUCCUUUUUUAUAUGCGAACAUCAAUUUGUGAUAUUUAUUUCCAGAUGUGCGUUUUGAUUUCAAGUCUUGCGGAUAUUCAUACUACAUGCAGAGUUAACGGAAGUAGACCGUAUUUGAAUAAUUACGCUAUCAACCUAAUUACUUAUUCGGCAGACUUGAAUUGAAAGUUUGUGAGCUGAUUGACUGAAAGAACUGCGUCUACACAGUACAUUUGUCUAUUUAUAUUUUCAUAUUGUUACUUGCGUUCCCAGUAAAUGAGCUAUUAAUUUCUUGUUGAAAGUGUACAUCUUUGUGUUGAAGAAGUUUUCGGUGGGUUUUUUUCUCUCACCACAUGUACAACAUCAAUAUGGUACAUGUUACUUGAUUUCGUCUGAAGUGGUAGAAUAGUACAAUUGUUUUGAUCGCAUAUAUAUAUAUGUAACCACUGUGUGUGCGCGCGGUUCUAGAACUUCUUUCCAGAGGUGUCCAACGGCUAAUUUAGUUUGUUGAAUGGAGUACGCGUUCUGCGACUUAUUUUUCGACUGUUUUAUUAAUUGAUAAUGUUAUGAAUUUUCCCAAUGGUGGCAACUGGGGUGAGGUUGGGAAGGUCCCGGGCCUCUAGAUCCGCGCAAGUAUCAGUCCUAAAACACAAAAGUUCGUUUCUGUGCGCAUGCAAUUGAUAGGUUUAUAAGACUUUUAAUUCAUGGUGGAUUCUUUCAGGGUAAAAGACAUGAGUUAUUCUUGUUCAGAACUGUUCAGAACUGAAAAAAUGGAGGUCCUGCGCAUGGACAAUCUAACCCUUUAUUUAUAUACCCAAGUUUACUAGUUUUGUGCGCUUUGUCACCAAAGAUUGAUUGAUUGUUGAAACAUAUAAACAUAUCUUCUCGAGAACAUUUAGGAACAGCGAUGGAAUACCUUGUACUGUAAUGUAUUUGUUGUUUAUUGCAUAAUAUACCUCGGCUUAUUUAUUUUACGUUUUACUUUUAUUUUUGAUUUGAACUUGUUUUUUUUUCGAUUUGUUUUCUUUUGUGCAUUAAAAUGAUAUAAAACUUCA